UCCUACACUGCAGCAAUGGCUGCUAGCUUGUUACAUUCGGCAACAAGAAGAAGCCUCAUAUUCUCUUCUUUAUUGCGCCAUUCCUCCACCAAACCUCCUCCUGCUGACCCAUCUCUUUGUGGGCGCAUAUCUCAAGACAAAAUAGUGACGUGUCCUUUUCCAGACAUUCCAAUUCCUGAAACAAACGUUUUUUCACACGUCUUUCGAAAUUUUGACAAGUUUACUGGUAGCUCCCCCGCCCUUGUUGACGGAUUGAGUGGAGCUGAAGUCUCUUACAAUGAAAUGUUGGACGUGACCUCACGUACAUCAUCAGGUCUGAGACGAUUAGGUUUACAGAAAGGAGACGUGGUUACGCUUUGUUCCCCUAACUCCAUUGAUUACGGGAUCACUUUCUUUGCCACCAUGGCCGCUGGAGGUGUUGUCUCUACUUGUAACCCCACCUACACGGCUAGUGAACUGUCGUAUCAGAUCAAUAAUUCCGGCAGCAACUUUGUAGCAACGACUCCCUCUCUCCUUCCAACUGUACUAGAAGCCAUUGGUAACUUGAACGUAAAGAAAGUACUUGUAAUCAAUGAAGAUGAUAACAGCAAUAGAGAGACUGAUAACAUUAUGUCACUCAAAGUCCUUAAAGAAGAUUCAGGCUCGUUGUUUAAAGAAGAGAAGGUGAAUGCAAAGGAAGAUCUUGCAGUACUACCAUACUCCAGUGGUACUACUGGUCUACCUAAAGGUGUCAUGUUGACUCACUAUAACAUUGUAGCUAAUUUAGCUCAAAUCACUCACCCAGAGAUUAUGUAUCUGCAUGAAGGAGAACCGAAUCUUGGUUUACUUCCUUUCUUUCAUAUUUACGGGAUGGUCGUUAUAUUGUUUCACUCGCUUUUUUCAGGUGGAAAAUGUGUCGUUCUCCCAAAAUUUGAGCCGGAAUCUUUUCUGUCUACAAUACAAAAGUAUAGAAUUUCAACUGCAAAUCUGGUCCCUCCUAUAAUUCUCUUCCUAUCCAAGCACCCGCUGGUAGAGAAGUAUGACCUGACAAGUAUCAGGAGUGUCUUCAGUGGGGCUGCCCCAUUGGGCCCUGACGUGUUGAAAGAAGCUAAAGAGCGAACUGGUAUCAAGAUAAUAAGACAAGGCUAUGGUCUAACCGAGACAAGUCCUGUGACUCACUCUACACUGAUCAGUGUCGGUAUGGACUAUCCUGCCUCUAUUGGGGUCCCGAUUCAGAACCAGUCCGUUAAAAUUACUGACCUGAGCACUGGUCAAAGCCUAGGGCCACAGGAAGAGGGGGAGGUGUGUAUAGCUGGUCCAAAUGUCAUGAAAGGGUACCUCAAUCUACCGGACGCUACCAGUAAGUGUAUAACGGACGAUGGCUGGUUUCACACCGGGGACAUUGGUUACUAUGACAACAAUGGGUUCUUCUACAUAACGGACAGGUUAAAAGAGUUGAUUAAAGUGAAAGGAUUACAAGUGGCCCCUGCAGAGCUGGAGGGAGUUCUUCAGCAUCACCCUAAGAUUGCUGAUGCAGCUGUCAUUGGGGUACCACACGAGAGACUGGGGGAAGCACCUAGAGCCUUUGUUGUACGUCGUGAUGAGAGUUUAAGCGAGGAAGACGUAAUGAGUUUUGUUAAGGAGAGGCUCUCGGAGCAUAAAUGGCUAACGGGAGGAGUUCAGUUUAUACAAGAAGUACCUAAAUCAGCUUCCGGGAAAAUUUUACGUAGAAACCUCAAGAAAUAAGACCUGUGACAUUUUGAUUAAUUGUUUGUAUUUUUAGGAAUAUUUAAAUAAUUUAUUUUUCCAUUUUUCUCCUCAUUAACUUUGACCACACCUCU